AUAUCUUUGAAAGUGAAUGCGUGAGACAUCAUUCCACUGAAUUUUCAUGGAGAUGAAAGAGCGAAGAAGGAGCAACAUCGGAGGCCUCUUCAGAAGUUUCUUGUCCUACGCCACCGCCUUACAUGUUUAAAUAAAUCCCUUCAACGGUCAAUAUCUCUCAUUUCGUAGAUUUAUCAGACAAAUGGAAUCUUACGGUACAUUCUACUCCUCCCAAUCCCAUGCUCCCUCCGCGCCAUCUCUACCGGCCUCUUACGCCGAUUCUUACAGCACCACGACUUCGCUACCUUCAAGCUACCACCACCGACCACCCGGUUAUGCCUACCCACAGCCAUCGCCGCCGAGUUAUGGGCAUUAUUCCUUUCCUCCGGGGACGCACCCGGAUGUUAUAAGGAGUUUCGAGAUGGUUGAUAGAGAUAGGAGUGGCUUUAUUGACGAUAAAGAGCUGCAACAAGCUCUCUCGUCUGGGUACCAGAGGUUUUCUCUCAGAACUGUAAAGCUGCUCAUCUUUCUUUUCAAGGAUCCCCGUGAAUCCUCUUUGCGAAUCGGGCCCAAGGAAUUUGCUGCAUUGUGGAGUUGCCUUGGUGAAUGGCGAGGUAUAUUUCAGAGAUAUGAUAGUGAUAGAAGUGGGAAAAUCGAUUUGUUUGAAUUAAGGGAUGCUCUUUACGGUAUUGGAUAUGCAAUCCCACCUUCAGUCCUCCAAUUUUUUAUGUCCAAGUAUGAGAGUGGAAAUGGCAGGAAGACUGAACUCAGUUUUGACAGUUUUGUUGAAAUCGGGAUAAUUGUGAAGGGUUUGACUGAAAAAUUCAAGAAGGAGGAUUCACGUUACACUGGUUCAGCAACACUUACUUACGACUCAUUCAUGUCCAUGGUCAUUCCCUUUAUUGUGCAAUAUGAUUGACUUAUUUGGUAGUCUAUGUUGUAUAACCUUGAUUCUUUCAUUGCUAGCAUACAGUUAUAUGAUUUAAAGGAGAAUUUUAUAUUGUUGUGUUGAGUGUGAAGAAUAUUUAAUGUCUACGAGUUAGGGUCCUCUUCUGUGGGAAGCAAGUGUGGUUGUAAUUCCUUUGAUUCAUUUCUUCUUUUAGAGAGAAACAAUAGGCUAAAAGAACAAAUAGCAAUUAGAAAUUUUUUUGCUGAUGACAGUGCAGCCGAGACCAAAUGAUCAAUUGAUCCUGUUUUCUGUGUGUAAAUUUGAAACAAAACAUAUGUAUAGUGUUUCAAGUGAUGUGCUUUUCAAGUAGGAAGAAGUAUUUUUAGAGUUUUAAUUUCUUUAUGAGUUAUUUUAUGGUCUAUAUGGAAUUGAUUCAGAUUCUCCUA